CUCGAUCGCACAACCCUUCUCGUCCGGUUUGCGGGUCUUUCGAGCAUCCCGAGUGAUACCAGGGUCCUCCAUGGAGGGCUCGGAUAGCAGAGGAAGACGAAACCCUCUCCGAAGAGCAGUUGCCCACACCUGAUAGGGCAAGAGAAUGUGGGAACAUCUUCCUUACUAGAUCCUCAUGGAUACAUGGCUCAAGUCUGGCUUUUUCCUGUACUAAAUCUCCCUAUAAUUUUUGUGUUUGCUCAUGAAACUUGCAUUCACGCUGAGAAUCUUUAUGCAUAGACUCACAGACAAACCUAGGAAAUAGAAAACAAAUGCCUGCCAAUGAUCAUCAAAAAUGAACACAAAACGGGCGCGCACACCCCCACGGAGAGGAUGGGGGGCAGGGAGGAGAAUAUAAAACGAGAGGCGGGGCGCGCACCGCGGCAGAAGGAGCAAAGCUCUGGCCCAGCGAGGAGUGGGGGAGUACCCGGACGCGGGUCUGGGACGUGGGUCCAGGGCAUCGGGCUGUGUGAAGUCAGCGCGCUCACCUGACGGUGAUCCUCGCCACCGGAGCCAGGAAGGGCGAUCUCCUAAGGCCCGCUGGAGGCCUCCAUUCCCGUCCAGCGGCAGCGACGACGUCUUACACCCUGCCAGCUCGGCGCUCCCGACCCUCUCUGCCCCCGCCCUGCCUCCCCUUCUUCGCAGCCCAGCCGUGGGUCUGUGGCGGACGCAGCCCGAACAAGACCACUCAAGGUGAAGGAUAACCUACUAAUACCAGCACUUUGAAUGAGAAUUUGUUUCUCUGCCACAAAUUGAACUUUUUUUUUUCUUGGUGUGUGUGUGGAGGAGUUGAAACGAACCUAACUUUGUGGCAUAGCAGCUAUGCAGCUUGAAAUCCAAGUAGCACUAAAUUUUAUUAUUUCAUAUUUGUACAAUAAGCUUCCCAGGAGACGUGUCAACAUUUUUGGUGAAGAGCUUGAAAGACUUCUUAAGAAGAAAUAUGAAGGGCACUGGUAUCCUGAAAAGCCAUACAAAGGAUCAGGGUUUAGAUGUAUACACAUAGGGGAAAAAGUGGACCCAGUGAUUGAACAAGCAUCCAAAGAGAGUGGUUUGGAYAUUGAYGAUGUUCGURGCAAUCUGCCASAGGAUCUUAGUGUUUGGAUCGACCCAUUUGAGGUUUCCUACCAAAUUGGUGAAAAGGGACCAGUGAAGGUGCUUUAUGUGGAUGAUAAUAAUGAAAAUGGAUGUGAGUUGGAUAAGGAAAUCAAAAACAGCUUUAACCCAGAGGCCCAGGUUUUUAUGCCCGUAAGUGACCCAGCCUCUUCAGUGUCCAGCUCUCCAUCGCCUCCCUUUGGUCACUCUGCUGCUGUAAGCCCUACCUUCAUGCCCCGGUCCACUCAGCCUUUAACCUUUACCACUGCCACUUUUGCUGCCACCAAGUUCGGCUCUACCAAAAUGAAGAAUAGUGGCCGGAGCAACAAGGUUGCGCGUACUUCUGCUAUCAACCUCGGCCUGAAUGUGAAUGACCUCUUGAAACAGAAAGCCAUCUCUUCCUCAAUGCACUCUCUGUACGGGCUGGGCCUGGGUAGCCAGCAGCAGCCACAGCAGCAGCAGCAGCCAUCCCAGCCGUUGCCGCCACCACAGCAGCAGCAACAGCAGAAAACCUCUGCUCUUUCUCCUAAUGCCAAGGAAUUUAUUUUUCCUAAUAUUCAGGGUCAAGGUGGCAGUACUAAUGGAAUGUUCCCAGGUGACAGCCCCCUUAUUCAGUACAGUAAUGCCUUUGAUGUACUUGAGGCCUAUGGUGACCUCAACGAGAAGUCUUUUGUAGGUGGCUUGAAAUUUAGCUUAAAUAACGUACAGUAUUCUAACCAGCAAUUCCAGCCUGUUAUGGCUAACUAAGAAAACAAAAAAGUGUGUCGUACCAGUUAAAAUGCACGGGCAAGAGGACUUUUUUUGCACCUCCUUGAGAUUUUUUUUUAAUCUUAUAGUAAGGAUACAUUCAGGCUUGGUUACAAAAAUAAAACAUGAAUCGUUUUUCAUUUGCCAACCAAGCACAAAGUUAUUUUAUACUGACUGUAUAUUUUAAAGUAUACUCUCAGAUAUGGCCUCUUACAAUAUGUAAGAUAUAGCAAGGACAUGGCUGAUUUUUUUUUAUAAAAAAUUACCAAUAAUAAGUGGGUUU